GGUCGUUCCCCUUUCUCAUUUCUGUAGGGCAGAGGGAGUGAGCUCGAGCGGCGGAGGGGGAGGUGAUUGCUUCUGUUCAUGACGAUUUCGAGCUCAUCCACCGCAGGAUACUGGUUUCUUCCUCUUCUUCUCUCUGUCCGCGGGCUGCACUGGUUGGUUUUCCUUGUCUCUCGAGCUUUGCCCGUGCUUUUCGUGGCCAUGUAGUUUCAGAUCUAGGUGAUUUUUGGUUUCGUGGAUCCGCGGUAUGUGAUUUUUUGGUCCACAGGAUGUGCAUGUCGCUGUCGUGGUGUUCUAGUCCGCCAUGGUUGUGCGCGUGAGUUUUGGUAGGAGGCUGCAGUGCGCCAUGCGUAGUCUGAUAGUCUCCAUGUCGUGGUCCUCUGUUUUUGUUGUGGACGCAGACCAAAUUCCCGCCCGGAUGGGUUCUCGUUCUUGAUGUGUAGGUAGCCGUACAGGAUAAGUUCUCCUGCUACUGAUGUGGAGGUAGGCAUAGUAGGCUUUAGUUUUCAGUGGUGGAUCCCGUAGAUUGUUUCUGAAGAUCGAGGUCUGGUUAUAGCCCCUGAAUUUCUGCAUGUUGUAAGGUUUUGGUUACUGAACUUCUAUAUGUCUCUGUUUCCUUUUGUGUGUACCCUCCUGAAUUCCAUGCUUGUUCUUUUUUGACUCAUGAGUACAGUAGGAGAGGCUCCUACUGUGAUAUAUUAGCCAGGGGAAUAGUUACACUUUACAUGAAUUUUGCAGAGAUAUAUGCAUGAAGUUCAGCUGUGCUAUUUUUAACCUUAUUAGUUGCCCUGUAUCUUCCCUGCAACUUGUCCUGUAGAGCUUCACUGCUACCUCAUGCGUCAUAUGUAGUUGUGCUGUAGUUAUAUUUGUACCCUAUUUUGCACUAUUUCCCAGUGUAUCUUGUAGUAUUUACUGUGAAACUUGCCCCUUAAUUACUGUGUGGUUAACUUGUCCUUUAGUUGUGCCUAAUUUCGCUUAAUUUUAUCACAUUCUAUCCUUUGGUCACAUUACCAUCCUUUUUCUGAAGGUGCCAAGGUGUUUUGUUCAGCUUAUUUUCUGUGUAUAUUGUCCUGUAAUCAGUCGGUGUAAUUCUAUCCCUUUAAUCUUCUGUGUAGGUUGUCAUGUUUUUACACUAUAAUCCAAUAUAUAUUUUACAUUGUAUCUUGUCAUGUAAUUUUCACUUAAUUACACUGUAAUCCCAUGUAUAUUUCUGUGUAGGUUGGAGUGUAAUUCUCACUUAAUUACAGUUUAAAUCUUGUGUAGUUUGUCUUGAUUUCUCACUGUAAUCCGAUGCAUAUUUACAGUGUAAAUUUUGUAGUGUAAUUUUUGCUUUAAUUUAGUGGUGCAAAUUUCUCUAUAAUUACUGCUUAGAUUGACCCUGUUUUUAUAGUGUAGUCUGAUGCCUUAUUACAGGGUCCUUUGAUCCCUGUAAUCCCAUGUAUAUGUCUAUGUAGAUUGGAGUGUAAUUUUCACUUAAUUACAGUUUAAAUCCUGUGUAGUUUGUGUUGAUUUCUCACUGUAAUCCGAUGCGUAUUUACAGUGUAAAUCUUGUAGUGUAAUUUUCACUUUAGUUUAUUGGUGUAAAUUUCUCUAUAAUUACUGCAUAGAUUGACCCUGUUUUUAUAAUGUAGUCUGAUGCCUUAUUACAGUGUAAAUUUACCAUUAAUUAUCGCGUAGUUACACUGUAACCCGAUGCUUUUUUUACAGUGUAAUUUUACCCAUAAUUACUGUGUAGUUUAUACUGCAGUUACACUGCAAUCCUAUGCCUUUUUACAGUGUAAUUGUAUCCAUAAUUUCUGUACUGCAAUCCAAUGGCGUUUUACACUGUAACCAGUUGCCCUUUUACAGUGUAAUUUUGCCCAUAAUUACUUUGUAGUUUGUACUGUAGUUACACUACAACUCGAAUGUCCAUUUCUGGUGUAAUUGUACCCAUAAUUACUACUGUGUAGGUUGUACUGUUUUUUCACUGCAAUCCUAUGCCCUUUUACAGUGUAAUUGUACCCAUAAUUUCUGUACUGCAAUCCGAUGGCGUUUUACACCGUAACCCGUUGCCCUUUUACAGUGUAAUUUUACCCAUAAUUACUUUGUACUUUGUAUUUUUAUAGUUAAACUGUAACUUGAUGCCCUUUUUACAGUAUAAUUUUAUUCAUACUUACUGUGUAGUUUGUUCUCUUGUAGUGUAAAUUUCUCUUAGAUUAUUGCUGGAAUUUUACACAGGUUUGCACUUCCAGUGUCUCUAUAAUUGAGUCCCAUUUUCUCUCUUGUUUUUCAGCUAGUAUCUCAACGGGCAGACUACGGAAAGUCUGUCCCUAGGAUGUUCCGCUAGUUUCUUCAGUUGAGAAUGCUGAUUCUUCAAAAGAUCUUUUUCGUGCCUAAUGAUUUUGCUGAUGAGAAUGCUAUGUCUUUGGAUUUCUCUGGUGACGAUGAAGAGUUUGAUAAAGCCCUUUACAACUUCUAUUUGAAUAAUAAAGUCAAGUACCUAAAAAGGAAAUUAUCAUCUAGUUGUAGAAGGAAUGUUAGGCAGAAACGAUCUUCUGAUUCCCUGUUUGUUCAACAUUCACUAGAUAUUCUCGAAAGUUCUUCUCAAGAGUUGUUGAUGGCAUGUGUCCUAGAUGAGAAAAUCCCUCCUGAUUUGUUCAUGUGAAUGGUUGAGAGAGAAGAUGGUGAGCAGUUGGGACUGUUGCUGACCUAUGGAUCGUGAUGCUGAUUUCCCACUGAUGUUCUUCUUUGUUGCUCCUCAUCAGGUUCAAAAUCUUCUCCUCCAUCGCACAUGGCCGUCUCCAUGUUCUCCCUUAUUCUUUUCUCCUCCCUUCUGAUUUGCUCUUUGUGCUGUUUGGUGAGAUCUGUGAACUGGUUUGUGAGAGGGGUUUGGCCCUUUUUGUGUGUUGCAAGCUGGGCCCAAGCUGUGGUCCUGGAGAUCAAGAGGGGUUGUUCCCAGAUUUUUCUGGAGUGGUUUGUUGUCCAGGGUUACCGGGUCAGAUGUUUUGCCCGACCCGUUUUGGCGUCCUUUUUGUGCCGUCGGGUGAUUUUGUGGUCGUAUAGGUGUCAACUGUUCAUUUGUCAAGUUUUUUUUAAUGUUGUCGAAUUGAAAAACAGUCAAAUGCCAAAUAGACAGUCCCUUUACCUUGAUAAUACUUGAUCA